AUGGCACAGCCGGUGCCUCAUCAGGACAAGAAGCGCGUCAAGGUCUAUGAGCUGCGCAACAACGACUGGUUUGACCGCGGCACGGGCUUCUGUACCGCCAAGUUUGCGACCAACGAAGAUGGCCACAAAGAUCCCAAAGUCAUUGUAGAAUCCGAAGACCAGCCCGAACGACUCCUGCUCGAGACAACGAUCCAAAAGCAAGAUGGAUUCCAGAAGCAACAAGGCAAGCGCGCCCCCGCUAUUUGGCGCAUCUCUCGCGCCAGGCAGUGGCGUGGAUAUGGCACUGAGCUUCCAGGAGGCCGAGGGAUGCGCCAUGAUCUGGUUUACGAUAAUCUUGACGAUGAGCUCGCCAUUGAACCGAUCCCCCCCGUCAACCUCCCUGCCGCUGAACUGGGCAAUCUGGCCGAAAUCGAGGCCAGCCUUCGAUCCACGAGCUCGACCACCGCUGGCCGUGAAGCCGUCGCCAAAUUCAUCGUGGCCGAAGACUACAUCGACAAGCUUAUCCCCCUGGUCGAGAUUGCCGAGGAUUUGGAAAGCCUUCCUGACCUGCAUCGUCUGUGCAACAUCAUGAAGACCAUUCUCUUGCUCAACGACACCUCCAUUAUUGAGCAUUCCGUCUCCGAUGAAUGUCUGCUGGGCGUUGUCGGCGCUCUGGAAUACGACCCUGAUUUCCCCAGCCACAAGGCCAACCACCGCCACUGGCUCAGCAACGAGGGACGCUUCAAAGAGGUCGUGCCCAUUGAUGAUGAAAACGUUCGCCGCAAGAUCCACCAGACGUAUCGUCUCCAAUACCUCAAAGACGUUGUGUUGGCCAGGAUUCUUGACGAUCCCACCUUCUCCGUGCUCAGCUCCCUCAUCUUCUUCAACCAAGUCGAAAUUGUCCAGCAUCUGCAGUCAAGUCCCGGAUUCCUCAUGAACCUCUUUGGCAUCUUCUCUGCCCAUUAUCCCGAGACAAGGAAGCGAAAGGAGGCUGUCUUGUUCAUUCAGCAAUGCUGUUCCAUUGCCAAGACCGUGCAGGCCCCUGCUAGGCAGUCUCUGUACAUCAACUUCCUCAACCAUGGCCUGCUCCGGGUCAUCUAUUAUGGCUUGAGACAUGUUGACGUGGCUGUGCGCGUGGGAGCUACAGACAUCCUGAUUUCUAUCAUUGAUCACGAUCCAAUGCUGAUUCGCCAAACCAUUUUCCGACAAAUGCAGGAGGGCUCCUCGUCGCUAUUGGAUUGUUUGAUCGAUCUUCUCUUGGUCGAGGUGGAUUUGGGCAUCAAAUCUCAAAUCUCAGAUGCCCUCAGAGUCAUCUUGGACCAUGGAAACACCGCCGCAUACAGCGAGCCUGCUAACAACAACAACAACAACAACAAUGGCAACAACGGCGGUGGUAACGGCAACGCCAAUGGCGCCAAUGGCAACGGCCAAAAGCAGCAAACUAGCGAGUAUGCUUUUAGGGCUCGGUUGCAGAUGUCUGUCGACCCGCAACAUGAGCACUUCCUGAAUCGCUUUUACGAUACUUCUGCCGUCAGGCUGUUCAAGCCCAUCAUCGAGCUGGAUAGCCGUCCUAAUCUGGACUUUACCGUUCAGGAAGCUGCCAUGUUUUCUGGCCUGGUAGAGGUGCUCGGCUUCUUCAUUCGACAGCAUCAUCGAUUCAGCCGGUACUUCUUCAUCGUCCAUAACUUGGCGGCCCGAAUCAUCCUGCUUCUCAAAUGCCGUGACAAGUACCUGCAACUGGUUUCGAUUCGAUGCGUCCGCUUGAUCAUCGGCCUUCAGGAGGAGCUGUACGUCAAGAAUCUCAUAACAAAUGAUGUCUUGGGUCCAAUCCUUGAAGUCUUGGUUGAGACGGUGCCGCGUGACAACCUUGUAAGUGCCGCAUGCACUGAGCUCUUCGAUUCCAUUAAGAAGGAAUACCUGAGGGACAUGGUGAAGCAACUUGUGGCUGAGCAUCGAGAUAACUUGCUUCUCGUCGAGCAUAUUCCGCCUUGUCGAGAUUUGAUCAUGCGAUAUGAUCAUACACAAGGAUUCACCACUAACAUGGACAUCUUCGCCGACACGGACGACGACAUGAUGAAGAGGCCAACUCAUAUUAGAAUGCUCGAGUAUAUGCCGAUUGACUUGCGCGAGGAGGAGUAUUGGGAUUCAUCAGAUCCCGAAGAUGACAACGAAGACCAGAACUCGGGAGAUAGGUCAUCCGACAGCGGCGGCGCCUCCUCAAAGCCUUUGGUGGAUUACGACUCUGAUGAAGACGACGAGGAUGCGGAGGAGAGUGCAGAACACGAUGCCCAUCACCACGAAGGAGACAACGACGAAGAUGCUGAUGCCGACUUUGCGCCACGGUCAGCAAGCUCCUCGCCCAACGUGCCGCCACCCGAGCGCCUGUCUGAAAAACGCCGGCGAGAGGCAGACGAAGACGAUGAUGACGAGCUAGGGAAGCUGAUGCACAGCAAACGACGCAACAGCAGCUCUACAGAAUCCAACUCAUCAAUCACGCAGAAUCUCCACCGCAGACGCAAGAACUUUGCGAAUGGGGCCGGAAAUGGUGUCACGCCCAGAAAGAUUGCAAUCAGCCUGUCACCAGCCCUAAAGUCAGGCGGUCCCUCUCGGUCGGACGACGACUUGUGA